GCACUGGUGCAUGUGUCCAUGAACUGUGUGUGUGUGUGUGUGUGUGUGUGUGAGAGAGAGAGAGAAAGAGAGAGAGGGUAUGGGUCAAAGAGAUGGAUAGAUUGUGUGAAGACGUGUGUCCAUGCGUGCGUGUGUGUGAAUCAGGGGGUGGGUGCAUUAGUGCAUGUCAGACAGCAAAGAGAGCCGCAGUUAUCUAGGAAUCUGAGUCAAAGGAACCUCACUAACAGAGACAGGGAGAGAGAGAGUGAGAGGGGGAGAGUGCAAGAGUAACAGAGGGAGAGAGAAAUAGGAAAGAGAGAAGUGGAGAGGAUGAAAGAGGUAUGCAGAUAGAAAGACAGACAGAGAAGAAGAAGUUGAAGUUAACACAGAAAUAGAAGAAGGUUAUGGGAAAAGUGUGGAGGAACACCAUCGAAGGCUUCAAACAAAGCAUCAAGCGGAGCAGAAACCCAUCAAGAACACCAAAAAAUACUCAAAAGAAGAGCGUCACUAAAGACUUGUCGGCACCCAAGUCCAAGAGGCUGGCAAGGCAGAACAGCUUUAAGGUGAAAACCGGUGUCAGGGGGGACAGUAAACGGAAAAACACAGAGGUGUAGUGUCUGAGAGACUGGAUUCUGCCCUGAAUUCUGCAGCUUUUCACAUUCUUUUAGGAGUUUUCCCAUGUUUCCAUUAGGCUCUCUCGGCGUGCUCCCCCUGCUGUCCCUGUGUGUAGGGGCCAUGUUGUCCCCCCCGGAUGCACCUCCAGCCUGUCCCCACUGCAAGGACAGUCUGGUGGCCGCUCCACCUGCGAGGACAGGGUCAGGGGAGUGUGAGGGACGCCCCGGGAUGGCAGGCUGCAGGGUGGCGGUCGCCCCCCUGGCUGCCUCAGACCCCCCUCUGAGGGUGGAACACAGACAUGAAGCUCGACAGGUUCAGCCCGAGUCCAGGGAUGUGUCGGAGCGUCUGGUCCAGUUGCAGCGCUGUAUGAAUUCCCUCCAGGAGCCAGGGGUCCCCAGGGGCCGUGUAGGCCAGGGAGGGGACACGCUGGGGGCCAUUCUGGCUCUGAUGGCUGCAGUACUGACAGAGUGUGACCUACACUGUCACAGUCAGGCCCUCAGGGCUAUGGCCAGGCGACUGGAGGGGGCAGCGGUUGGGAGAGAGGGAGAGAAAGACCUGAUACUACUGUUGAGGAGCAUCACACAACACCCUCCAACAGCGGUCCCCUCAGCGAGGCUGCAUCCUCAGGACUGUGCUGAGAUCUAUCGUUUGGGGAUCAAAGAGAAUGGAAUCUACACCAUCCAGCCUGACCCACGCAGACCUGCAGUGGAGGCAGAGUGUGACAUGGAGACAGCAGGCGGGGGGUGGACAGUGUUCCAGCGUCGGCGAGAUGGCUCGGUGGACUUCAACCGGACGUGGCAGGAGUACCGCGAGGGUUUUGGUUCCCCACAGGGAGAAUACUGGCUGGGGAACGCAGCGCUGCAUGCGCUAACUAACACUGGUCAACACCUGCUGCGUAUACAACUGGAGGACUGGCACCAGCAGAAACGCCAAGCCACCUACAACACUUUCAGAGUGGCAGCAGAGGCACAGAGGUACCGUCUGACUGCACGGGAGUACUCUGGUGACGCGGGCAAUGCCCUGAGCUACAGCAAACGCUACAACCACGACGGCCGAGCGUUCAGCACCAACGACCGUGACCACGAUCGCUACACGUCAGGGAACUGUGCGGAGUACUAUGGUGCAGGCUGGUGGUUCGACGCCUGCCUGGCGUCUAACCUGAAUGGACUCUUCUACCGCGGGCGCUACAGCGGGCUGACUAAUGGCAUAUACUGGGGCACCUGGUACAUCCUGACAGACAUUCACAGCGGAGAGCGCUACUCCUUUAAGAGUGUGGAGAUGAAGACACGCCCACGCAACUUCUAAUGAAGACUGACCUGGGAGCUAGUAGAUAAACAUACCCAAACAUAAUUAUUUUUCAGGAGAUGGCCAUAAACAGUAAUGUAGGUAAUGCAGGUAAUGUUGCAUAGUUAUAGAAAGGUCUGGAUCUACCCUUUCGGUAAAAAACAUUUUUUUAUAAAUUGCUGAGAUAUACUCACAAGCUCAAUUACAUAGUACAAAUAUUAUGAAAAUAUAAAAAAUUAUUAUGAAAUUAUUUAGUAUUUUUUUCAUGUUGAGAUCUCUAAAUCCGGUUGAGAAUAUCACAGUGACAUGAACCACAAUUGUUGGGUACGCUAGACUGUUACUGUUCAUAUGCCGCCUCCUAGGCUGGGCUCUGUCACUCAUAAGCAGAGCGAAUCGAUUCUUUGUCUGUAUAGGCCAGAGAAUGUGACAUGUCACUCCCUAUUCAAAUGUGGGGUCUGAUACCUGACACUUCAAGUCAGCUCCGUUGAGAGAGUGGUAGCGCAGAGUAGACAGAUGGGGCUUUCUGACAUUAUAAGGAACGGGACCCUACGACAUUCACAGAACGCUUUGUACCCCAAAAUCAGUUGGAACAUGUCCCGAACCGCUCAAAGUCCCCUAUAUAGGGGACAAUACAUCUUCAAAUUAAAAUAUAGGCCUACUACACAAUACUCUGAGCCAUGGUACUGUAUAUGCAAAUCUAGGGUGGGGAACAUUAGCCUGGACCCAAUCUGUUUGUGCUGUCUUGCCAACUCCUAUAGUCAUGUCACUCCAACAGAUCACACCACACAAACAGAUCUGGGACCAGGCUAGGGAAACCCUAAACUGGCUGCAGAGUGUGUGAAGGUUAUUGUUACUCAGCUAAUGACUGGAUGUUUGAUUCACUGGAUAAUGUUAGGAUAGUGAGCCAUUAAAGAAGUUUUUCCAGGUGUAAAUAUGGUGCUAAAUGGAAAACUGGUCAGAUGACUCUGUCCUUAUCAAGUCAAAUCAAAAUGGCCAUUAAAGCGAGAUUGUUCUUCAAAAUGUUCAAAUGUUCAUAGAUGACCACAGCAGGGUCAAAUAAUAAUCUCAGUGGUUGUAGAGGGUGCAACAGGUUCUUCACCUUAGGUGUAAAUGUCAGUUUGCUUUUCAUAGCAUUUAGAGGUCAAGAGAGAGAGAGAGAGACAGAGAGAGAGAGAGAGACAGAGACAGAGACAGAGACAGAGAGAGAGAG